GCCACACGUAUCAUUUCUAAGUGCCUGCAUAUCAAGUGCCAUACGCAGCAAGAGUAUCAAAUAAUUAUCCGUUCUAAUCAGCUUAGCUUGGCUGAAGCCGCUAAGCCAAAACGAAAUGCUCCCUGUAUGAGGAAGUACUCAGGCCAGAAAACCGACCUGCAAGAAGCCGGCAUCUAUGCCACCGUGCCGGUACCAGUUUCCUCACCCGCCAAUGUCAACUGGCCACGUAGCAAAUCGCACCUCGUCUUCCCUCCACGUGUCCAUUCCACUCCCGGAUAUAAACGGGAGCCGUCAAACGCCCGGUCUCCGUCAAACACCCAAAAUAAUAAAAUAAUCAGGCGUCAAAACGCCCGUCAAGAUUCUCCGGUCGGCAAACCUCCCAAUACCUUCAUCGUCCUUCCAUUCCCCCCAAAACCCAUCUGCCUUCUCUCUCUCUCUCUCCCCUCCCAUCCUCCUCCAUUUCCGUCCAUCACCGUUAGAAAUUCCGUCAGCUCUGUUAUCACGCCAUCCCAAUGUCCCCAAACCCGAUGGAGGAAGAGGAAGAGGAAGAGGAAUCCGAACCCGAAUCGUCUGACAACGAAGAGAUCCAAUCCCACCCUAACGGCCGUCUAACGGCAUCGUCACAGCCAGUAACGGUAGCUGCCCCGCCCUACCACCAGCAGCAGCACCACCACCAUCAAACCCUAACCCUAGCUCUUCCCAUUCAAAAUCCUUCUAGGGCUCCGGCGGCCACGAGCGGCCGUGAGGACUGCUGGAGCGAGGGCGCCACCGGCAUGCUAAUUGACGCCUGGGGCGAACGAUACCUGGAGCUGAGCCGGGGAAACCUCAAGCAGAAGCACUGGAAGGAUGUAGCGGACAUCGUCAGCAGCCGCGACGACUACACCAAGCCCCUGAAGACCGAUGUCCAAUGCAAGAACCGCAUCGACACCGUUAAAAAGAAGUACAAGAUCGAGAAGGCCAAGAUCGCCUCUGGCUCGGGCCCCAGCAAGUGGGUCUUCUUCACCAAGCUCGACCGCCUCAUCGGCGGUCCGCCUCGCAAGCCAAACACCGCCGCGGCGCCCAUGCCCACCACGCCCACAAUCCCGAUCUCCGUGUCGAAGCCAGCCAUUGGAAUUCCCGUCCAGCGGCCCCCACUGCAGCAGCAGAUGCCGGGGUCCUCCAAUUCCGCCGGGCCGGAUUCAUCUGACAGCUUCCCGCCCGUGACCGUGAAUGGGAAGAAGCGGCGGAUCGAGAGGGGCUCGGCUCAGGCCCGGGCGGGUAAUUCUGUUAGGGAGCUGACGCGGGCUGUCCUGGAAUUUGGGGAGGUUUAUGAGCGCGUGGAGCGGUCUAAGCUGCAGCAGGUGAUGGAGAUGGAACAGCAGCGGAUGGUGUUUGCCAAGGAGCUGGAAUUACAAAGGAUGCAGUUCUUUAUGAAGACGCAGUUGGAGCUCGCCCAGAUGAAGCAUGGGAGGACUGGGAUUAGUAAUAACAGUAAUAACACAGGUUAGGGAUUUUUAUGCUUUUCUUUUGAUUUUAUUUUAUUUUUUUCCUAGUUAGAGACAGCUGGGAGAGGAUCUGAUGCUGUUAUUGUUAAUACCCAGAUGAGAUUUUUAAUGAAAAUCUCUGUUGGAUGGAUAAAGAUCUGUUUUUUUUUUUUUUUUUUUUUUGGUGAAAUGGGGGUUUUUAGAUUCAGAACAGAAGAUGGUAACAGUGCCGGAUUGGAUUAAUGUAUGAUUAGUUUGGGUUCCUUUCUUAUAAUUAAUAGAAAGGGUUAGAUAUUGA